AUUCCUUCUAAAUCAGUUUGUUUGUCUGCAGCAAUUUACUAAGGAAGCAUGGAAGCUAAUCAGAUUCAACCGGUUUUAUCUGUAAGAGUAGCUGCAUCAAUGAUUGUGCCUGAGGUACUUAAAGAAGAUAAUUAUGUGAGGUGGCGCAUUUUCAUGCAACAUUAUUUAGUGGCUCAAGAUCUCUGGGAUGUGGUUCUAUCAAACGAAAUGCUUCAUGGAGAAGACUCAAGGGAGUGGAUUAAAAGGAAUGCCUUGGCUUUGCAUACAAUUAAGAUUUCAUGUGGAGCAAAAGAGUUUGAUUUGAUUAAGGAGAUGAAUUCACCAAAAGAUGCUUGGAAUGCAUUGGCUGACUUGCAUAAACAACCAAAUGAAGAUGCGAGUAGUGGAAGUGAAGCCGAUACAGAAGUUAAGGAAACUCGGACAAGGAUAUUGGACAACAAUGAAAGAACUACGAUUGUGAGCUCACUCCAUGAUGGGAAUUGGAAUGCCUUAAAAAACUUGGACAGAAUAACUGAAAUACUUUUUCCUGGCGGUUUCACUGUUCUCCAUAUUGCAACUAUUCUUGGUCACUUGAAGAUUGUCAAUGAAUUGGUGAAGAUAACGGGAGAAGACUACUUGGAAAUACAAGACGACAAUGGUGAUACAGCUCUUUCCCUUGCUGCUUUUAAUGGAGAAGUGGAGAUUGCAGAAUGCUUGAUUCAGAAGCAUGAUAAAUUGCUUACAAUUCAAAACAAGGAAGGAUACAUACCACUUGUGGUGGCAUGUAUCAACAAGCAGAAGGAUAUGACAUCCUAUCUCUACUCCAAAACUGGUUUUCAAUUCUUUUUACUUCCAGGAAACAGCAAUCAUGGUGCCCUGUUCCUCAAAUAUUGUGCACUCAAUUUUAUGCUUGUAAUGGAUUUGAUAUGUUGUUACGUACAUGUGGUGACGAAAGAUGUUGGUUUGGAUCUAUACCUUCGUUGUCCGUGCUUGGCAGCUAGGCAAGAUUCCAUUACUAUUUUAGAAUUGUCUGCUCAACCUUCUCUAUUCCUUAGCGGAACGCCACUUUCGGUUGGGGAGCGCAAAGAGUAUCGAAAACAAGCUGUUGUAAAGUUGCCGUCUCCCUCUGACAACGCAGAUACUAGUGAACUUGAAAGAUUCGAAAGACAAGUAGCACGGGUUGAAAUGGAUAGAAUAUUUAGACCCGUUGUCUGGCUGCUGCCUAGAAGGUAUAGAAGAUUGGUAUCCGCUGUCUGGCUACAGCCUACAAUGGAUGAACGGAGGCGCAUAUAUAACCUCAAAUUAACCCAUACGUAUGCCAAUUUGGUUCUGUGUCACUUGUGCAAGGAAAUAUCAACCUACAGGGAUGCCACACAACUUGUUGAAAGUGGAGCAAUCUCAGCAAUCUUCCAAGCAAUCAAGGAUGGCACAAGCGAGAUUGUGAUUGAGAUUCUUAAAGCAAACGCAGAUUUAUUUUGGUGCAAUGAAAAGCUUUCAAUAGCUAUACUCAUCUCUGCAAUCAAAUGUCAUCGAGGAGAUAUUUUAGAGUUUGUUUACGGGCUUGAUGGGUUUAAGAGUUGCCUUCCAAGCUGGUGUCAUGAAGCCGAAAAUCGUUACGGUGAAACUCCAGAGCAAGUUUUUAAAAAGGAACACGCUCAAUUGGCAAAAAAAGUUGAGGAAUGGGUAAAGAAAACUGCAGAGUCUUAUACUCUGGCAUCUGUUUUAAUUGUUACCAUUAUGUUUGCAGCACUCUUUACGGUUCCUGGCGGCAACAAUGACACCGGAGUACCCAUAUUAUCGGACAGAAAACUGUUUUUAGGGUUUCUAGUAUGUGAUACAGUGUCCUUCUUGACUGCAUCAACAUCAUUGUUGGGAUUCCUGACUGAACUCACAGUCAGAGCAGACCAAAGAAGAGAACCUCUUUUUAGAGUUCCUCUUUUAGGAUCUCUUUUCAUAGCUCCUUUCAGUGCUUCGUUGUUUUGUAUGGCAGUUUCUAUUAUCUUACUUAUCAUUUCAGUGGUAACCAUGAUCCUGGCCUUCACUUUUGCUCUUAUCCUUACUUUAGAAGACAAGUGGCGUGUACUACUAGCGAUUAUAGCAUACCUAGCUUCAGUUGGCUGCUGGUUUUUAUCGGCCUGGGAAAGUUACAUAGACUUCUUAUUCUUUUUUGCUCGUGACAUAUAACCGUGGAGAGUCUUUUGAGAUAUUGUCUAAGUUAUUUGAAGAGUGUUUGAUGUUUGAUGGUGUCAAAUUACUUGUAUUUAUUUUUAAAUUUGUAAUGUUCUGACUUUAUGUUAGAAACAUAUUUUUGUGAAAAUUAUUGGUGUUCAGAUUUGAUAUGUAUAAUUAAUUGUACAUUUAAUG